AUGGGGCGAGUUUCUGGACCGAUCACAAGGCUUGUGACCGGUGGUAAGCGUGGUGAGCAGCCCGGGUACGGGCUUGGACGUCGCUUCUCGGAAGAGAAGACCCCUCAAGGGAUUCCCAGAGUUACAAAGGCUAAGGUGAAUGAGUACUAUGAGAAGAUUGAAGCUGUUGCUUCGAGAAUAGCUGCUCAAGUGACUGACACAGAGUUUUCUUAUGAAAAUUUUGCAAAGGAUUCGACCAGCGAUAGUUCUCCCAAUAUAGAAGACGAUACACGAAGCCCCACUUCUCCACAGCUGAAACGAAGAAUCGUGCCUUUAUGUUCCAAGGAGCCAAGCUAUGACGCUGAUCCCUCAAAACCAAUAAAACUAGACACCGCAGCUCAAGCGCGCAUUGACAAGCAGAGAAAGCUUCAAGAGGAUCUAACCGAUGAAAUGGUGGUACUUGCGAGACAACUCAAGGAGAGAAGUCAAAUGAUAAGCCAAUUUGUGCAAAAUACAGAAAAGAUACUUGACUCUACAGAGGAAGCCAUUGAGCAAAGCUUGGCAAGCACCGGACACGCAACCGUAAGAGCCACAAAGAUAUAUUCAGAAAGCUCAAAGACAAUUUGCUUCCAGUGGCUCUUGAUCUUCGCCAUGACCUGUGUGUUCAUAAUGGUUGUCCUGUUGAUCCGAGUCACAUAGUAAAGGGUUCCUAGUGUAAACCAAAUUAGUGAGAUCCCAAAUCCUCACUCUUGAAGCUGAUAGAGGUCCUAUUGUUAAGCCACAUCUCAAAUAUCGCACGAAUAACAAAUAUCUAUUUUGUAUGUAUGAUGAUGAUGUGUAGAUUCCAAGAACCACAGAUAAACCAGUUUCACUGUUUCAAUACCUGAACACAAGAUGUAGAAUCUGCACGAAUAACAAAUAUCUAGAAUCGUCA